GCGGCGGCGGCGGUGCCCGGAUGGAGGCACGUCAUUGUCCCCCGCCGGGCGGCUGGGCUGUGUGCGGCGGCGGCGGCGGCGGCGGCGGCGGCCGAGGGGGAUGGAGCGAGCGCCGAGCCGGGUCAGAGAUGCUACAAGAAUGUGGGUUACGUUGUUUAUGAAGAAGCAGAGUGUAACAGUUUCUUUUUACAGAACUGAACAAUGACCAUAGUUGACAAAGCUUCUGAAUCUUCAGACGCAUCAACCUGUCAGAAUCAGCCUGGCAGUUCUGAGGCAGUCUCACCUGGAGACAUGGAUGCAGGUUCUGCCGGCUGGGGUGCUGUGUCUUCGUUAAAUGAUGUUUCAAAUCACACGCUUUCUUUAGGACCAGUACCUGGUGCUGUAGUUUAUUCAAGUUCAUCUGUACCUGAUAAAUCAAAACCGUCACCACAAAAGGAUCAAGCCCUAGGUGAUGGCAUUGCCCCUCCACAGAAAGUUCUUUUCCCAUCUGAGAAGAUUUGUCUUAAGUGGCAGCAGACGCAUAGAGUUGGAGCUGGGCUCCAGAAUUUGGGCAAUACCUGUUUUGCCAACGCAGCAUUGCAGUGUUUAACUUACACACCGCCUCUCGCCAAUUACAUGCUAUCGCACGAACACUCCAAGACAUGUCAUGCAGAAGGAUUUUGUAUGAUGUGUACAAUGCAAGCACAUAUCACCCAGGCACUCAGUAAUCCUGGGGAUGUUAUUAAACCGAUGUUUGUCAUUAAUGAGAUGCGGCGAAUAGCUAGGCACUUCCGCUUUGGAAACCAAGAAGAUGCCCAUGAAUUUCUUCAAUACACUGUUGAUGCUAUGCAAAAAGCCUGCUUGAACGGCAGCAAUAAAUUAGAUAGACACACCCAGGCCACCACACUCGUUUGUCAGAUAUUUGGAGGAUACCUAAGAUCUAGAGUCAAAUGUUUAAAUUGCAAAGGUGUCUCAGAUACUUUUGAUCCAUAUCUUGAUAUAACAUUGGAGAUAAAGGCUGCUCAGAGUGUUAACAAGGCCUUGGAGCAGUUUGUGAAGCCGGAACAGCUUGACGGCGAGAACUCAUACAAGUGCAGCAAGUGUAAAAAGAUGGUUCCAGCCUCAAAGAGGUUCACUAUACAUAGAUCCUCCAAUGUUCUCACACUUUCUCUGAAACGCUUUGCAAAUUUUACUGGCGGAAAAAUUGCUAAGGAUGUGAAAUACCCUGAGUAUCUUGAUAUUCGACCAUACAUGUCUCAACCAAAUGGAGAACCAAUUAUUUAUGUUUUGUAUGCAGUGCUGGUACACACUGGUUUUAAUUGCCAUGCUGGCCAUUACUUCUGCUACAUAAAAGCUAGCAAUGGCCUCUGGUAUCAAAUGAAUGACUCCAUCGUAUCUACCAGUGACAUUAGAUCGGUACUCAGUCAACAAGCUUAUGUUCUCUUUUAUAUCAGGUCCCAUGAUGUGAAAAAUGGAGGUGAACUUACUCAUUCCACCCACAGCCCCGGCCAGUCCUCUCCCCGACCAGUAAUCACUCAGCGGGUCGUCAACAACAAACAGGCCGCACCAGGGUUUAUCGGACCACAGCUUCCUUCUCAUAUGAUAAAGAACCCACCUCACUUAAAUGGGACCGGACCAUUGAAGGAGACGCCGAGCAGUUCCAUGUCGAGUGCUAACGGAAAUUCCAGCGUCAGCAGGGCUGGUCCUGUUAAUGCUUCGACUUCUGUUCAAAACUGGUCAGUUAACAGGCCCUCAGUUAUUCCAGAACAUCCCAAGAAACAAAAAAUCACGAUCAGUAUUCACAACAAGUUGCCUGUUCGCCCAGGUCAGUCUCAGCCUAACCUCCACAGCGGUUCUUUGGAGAACCCACACAAGCCUGUGCCCUCCUCUCCCAUCACCGCUUCUCCCGCAGUGCAGUCUACCUCCAGUGCGCCCGCCGCGCCGGCCUCCAGCAAAGUAGCGAAGCAGAUGACCCCGGCUGAGUCCUGCGCCACGCCGGUGAUGAACGGCAAGUCCAAGCUGAACUCAAGCGUCCUGGUCCCCUAUGGUGCCGAGUCAUCUGAGGAGUCGGACGAGGAGGCCAAGGGCCUCAGCAAGGAGAACGGUCUGGGUACGACCGAGAGCUCGCCCUCUUCUGCUCAGGGUGCCGAAGACGACGAGGCCUCUCAGCACGAACUUCUAGAACCUGCUGCUCUAAAUGGUGCUAAUAGUACAGACGGCGACCUGAAAGAGAACGGUCUGUCAUUUGAUGGUGCCAGUUGCCAAGUCCAGCCUGCUCUACACUCGGAAAAUCCCUUUUCUAAGGCAAACGGUCUACCUGGAAAGUUGAUGCCUGCUCCUUUGCCACCUCUCCCAGAAGACAAAAUCUUAGAGACCUUCAAACUUAGCAACAAAACGAAAGGCUCGGCAGAUGGAACGAGUCCAACCCGGACCGAGGAGAGUCCUGCCGAGAGUCCGGAAGCAGCCCCGGAGGCCGGCAGCCCCGCUCCUGACGCCCGGGACAAGCUGCAGACGCUCACGAGUCUCAGCAGCAAGCUGAAGAAGGCUCUGCUGCUCUCGGAGCCCGGCAGCAAACCCGCCAAAGACGACGUCGCCGAGAGCGUCUCCGCGGAGCCCGCCGAGCCUCUGCCCAGCACCGCCGUACUCUGUAACAGCAGCAUGAGCGCCGCUGGGCACGAUCAGCUCGCCGCACUCUGUGAGCCCGCGGAUCUGACAAACGAUCCGAGCAGGCCAUCGCAGGCCGCAAAGGGGGCGUUACUGGAGAGUCCCCGGGACUCAGCAGCGAUGGAGACGGUGGGGAGGCUGAGCCCGAGUCCCUCAGCGCGUGCCGAGGGUGACGGUGAGCAUGAACUCUCAGUGUGCAGCGGUUGCGACAAGUGCACGGCCGUGGAGGACCCUUCCAAAAGCACAGGCGCGUCUGCAGAGGAGUCGCCCUCUCCUCAACUAGACACGAUCACAGAGGGUCCUCCCGAGGGGGUCCCUGAACACAGUAACAGUGAGAGAGGUGAAGAAAAUAAGGUUGCGCAGAAAGUUCAGGAUCAUUCUCCAGUUAAGGAAAAAAUCAGUACUCUUAGAAAAGUUGAUCGAGGACAUUAUCGCAACCGAAGAGAUCGCUCCUCCAGUGGAGAGCGCGCAAGGGAAAGUAGGAGCAAGACCGAGGACCGUUAUCACAAAAAACGGCACUCCUACGUGAGAGAGCGGGCUAAGCAGGAGCGCUACCGGCCGGAGCACUGCAACGGGAGCCAGCACCAGCCCUGUCACGGGGAGAGGGGCAGCCCCAGCGAGCACCGCUCCCUGGGCAGGUACGGCCACCACCACUCUCGAAAUAGAGGCGGGUCAGACCAGGAAUGGAGCAGGUACCACCACUCAGAAAGCGAACACUCCUGGGGCCGGGAGAAAUACUACCCGGAGAAGAUGAGGUGGGACAAGUGCAGGUAUUACCACGACAGGUACGCCCCCUACGCGGCCAGGGAGGUGUGGGAGUGGAAGCCUUUCCACGGCGACCGCGAGUAUGACAAGGCGGGUCAGUACGCCAGCCGGCCGCACAAGGACUACUCGAAAAGCAGGAAGGGCUAUGAGUUGCUUGCUAAAGAAAAGGGCCGACACCACUUCAGCAGCCCUCGAGCAGGCCCGUCCCACGUCCUUCCUCUGUACCCCGAGAAGUACGCCCAGGAGAAGGUUGCACUUGUAGCUGAGGACAACACUUACCACCUCGCCGAUCGGUUUCACGAACACGAAACUGUCAAGGCACGGAAGCGGAGAUACGAUAGUCUAGAAAAUGCUGACAGUCACAUAGGAAAGAAAGCCUGGAGGAGCUUACCACGGGACCCUUUAGAAGAGCCUAAAGUGAAGAAGCACAAAAAAUCAAAGAAGAAAAAGAAAUCCAAAGACAAACACCGCGAUCGAGAUUCCAGGCACCAGCAGGACUCCGAGCUGUCGGGAGCGCACUCUGACGCCGACCUCCACAGGCACAGGAAGAAGAAGAAGAAGAGGAAGAGGCACUCCCGCAAGUGCGAGGAUGCGCUCAGAGACUCAGGGCUGCGCCUGGCCAAGGCCGCCGCCUGCGAGACUGUCGCCCGCUUCCGGAGGGCGGCCGGCGGCUUCCCGCUCGCCGAGGGCCUGCCUCUGGAGGGCGCCGGGCCUUUCCGCGAGAACACGAAGGCCUUCCGCGUGGAGAGCAGGGCCGACAGGUGUCGUCUGUCGGAGUGCGGCCAGGGUGAUUGAAAACUUGGCCUCCAGACAAAAACUUCACUAGUUCUGAUUCGAGUGUCCAACAGAAGCCAUCCCCAACCCAGCUUAAAUUAUAAAGAGAGAGGAGAACUCUGUCCAAAUCUGCGUGGUGCUUCUUUAGUAAAUACUGUACAGAUUUUACCAUGAAGAACUUUUUUUUUAGUUUUUACCUUUUCUUAAUUACCCUUCUUCCAAACGGAUGAACACUUUCUACAACUGCUGACCAUUGUACAAUACGUUGUAUAUAGAUCACAUUGAAAUAACGCCCUGGACUAGAACAUCUCAAUGCUGCUUAAUCACAGACUCAGGUUGAUCACCGUGUCCACGUAACGCUCCUCCGAGGCGGACAGCCGCGCGGCCACUGGGAGGCCGCGGGAUCGCUAAGGACAGACGACAGUGUGCAUACUUAAUUUAAAGACUUAUUUAAAGAGUCACGGGCUCUCAGCUAGACUUUUGAGAGCAGUGUGUUUUCUGUAAUGUCUGAUACUAGAAACUAAUUUGCUUCAUAUUUUAGUUGUAUUCAAGAUUUGAAGAUGUAUUUUAUAGACAAGUUCUGUUUUUGAACUUUGUGGAACUAUUCCAAUCAAUUUACCAGUUAUGAUGAGUAUUUACAUUAUGAAUGUAUAAUCCAAACAUUAUUUGUAAAGCCUACAGUAUGUUUUUAUUACAUAACACUUUUUUAUACAGUGUCUCUUGUCUUGACUAUGAUAUUGGAGUCUGAGUCGUCAGCUUGGUCCCUUAAAGUUUCUAGUUACAGACAGAAUCAUACUGUGAUUUUAUUUUUAAUAUGGAUAUGCUAUCAAACUGUGAUACACUUAGAAUUCACUGGUCCUGCAUCAGGAGACGGAGUGGGGAGACUGUGUUGGAUACAGUUUGUAUCUGAAUGAUCUGUAUGCUUCAUACAGUUGCUGUUGUUCAGAGAUGUCUAAAGUUUGAUCUUUGUUUUUUUAAAGAUUAAAAAAGCACUUGCCCCACUGUAAAUAUACAGCAUGUAAAAUUUAUAUAGUAUAUAAAUGGCAGCAAAUUAAACACUUUGUGUCUUA